AUGGAUUCUGAUAACAGAAAGCACAACUCUGAAGCUAAUUCAUAUGUACGAAAAGCAACAAAAGGAAAAAUAAAAUCAGAUAGCAGAGAAAAUUCCAGUAGCAGAAAAAAAUUCAAACUUAAUAGUAAAAAUGAAGACAGCAUACCAAGCAAACCUAGCAAAAUAGCCGAAGUUGAAAUAGAUCCGACAGUAUUGCAAAGACGCCAGAAACAGAUUGACUAUGGAAAAAAUACUGUAGGAUAUCAUAAUUAUAUUAAAGAUGUACCUAUUGACAAGCGCACUAAAGAGGAUCCUAAAACUCCAGAUAAAUAUACCAAAUACAGCCGUAGGUCAUGGGAUGCAUUAAUCAAAAUAUGGAGAAUCAAGUUGCACCAAUAUGAUCCUAAUGCAAAUGUUAACUGCAAAGAUGAACCAGAAUCUGAUGAGGAAUCCAAUGCUAGUUAA